AUGGCGCCCACACGCACGGUAAAAAACAAGCACGCCGCGACCAAGAGCAGCUCCUCGGGGAGCAAGGGCUCGAAGAAGAAGUCCGCGGCGGACGGCGUCUCCAAAACCAAAGGCAGAUCCGGGUCCAAGGCGAAAGCGCCCGCCACGCAAGUCAAGGGCCGGCCGAAUCUGCCCGGGCUGGACAAGAACAAGAAGAAGAAGCAGCGCGUCUACACCGAUAAGGAGCUGGGUAUCCCCGAGCUGAACAUGGUAACCCCCGUGGGCGUGACCAAGCCGCGGGGGAAGAAGAAGGGCAAAGUGUUCGUUGACGACAGGGUGCGUUCCGCCCACACAUCCCUCCCGAGCUCCUCUUGUCCUCCCCGACAUUCAUUCCCAUCUAACCUCCUUACCCCCACAUACAGGAAAGUAUGGCGACCAUCCUCGCGCUGGUGCAAGCCGAGAAGGAAGGGCAGAUCGAGUCCAAGAUGA